CAUAGCACACAUGCGACGCCCAUCGUAUACUAUCCCUUCCAGCCACUAUACCGCUGCUUUCGACAGCCUCAGCUGUUCGUCGUUUAACCGGGAAUACGUGUCGGAAUGGCGCGUCAGCAAUCAGUUCUCUCGCUUGCGCGCAGGAUCGCGUUGUUGGUGUUGUUCAUGUGCGAUUUCUCGGUGCAGAUAACAAAUGGAAGCCUUUACAAUGACUCGGUGAAUAUUGAGGAGGUAACUUCGUCAGAUUUUUACGAUGUAUUGACAGGGAAAGACCACAUAUGGGUGAUCAAUUAUUACAAGUCCUGGUGCGGCCACUGUCAACGCUACGCCCCGAUCUUCGCAGCCUUUGCCAAGGAUAUUAUAGGCUGGAGCAGAGCGGUACGCGUCGCUGUCAUCGACUGCGCCGUUUCAAGUAAUCUGGAUGUAUGCCGUGCCAAUGACGUCAAACUUGUCCCAACAGUGAAAUUCCUACGAGCGUGUGCGACAGCGGAAGAUAAAGGGCAGUUGUGGGAAACGAUUAAAACAGUGGACAGCCUGCGACACCAAACCAUCGACUUCCUUGAAGGUGGCAACGCAUCAAGGUGCUCUGCCCAAGUGCCUUGGCCUUCUCUCCAAGCUACAAACGCCAGCAGUUAUGCCGAUCUGCGUGGUAAGGCAGAGCGUAUCAUCCUGGUGUUGGAAAACGAUGACUCCUACAUCGGAAGAGAGUUGAUUCUGGACUACAGUAACUCCAGCACAACAAAGUCAUUCCGUGUCCUGCCUUCCAACAGGGCUCUGUCAUCAGAGCUCCAAGCAUUAGGCACAGCCGGUGAAUACGCCACACUCUACGUCAUCAAUGAAGGUUCACAAAUACCAAAAAUAUUGGCCAGAGCCUCGACUGCAGAAGGAGCGAGAGAAAUUUUCCAGGCUGCCCUGUAUCACGAACAGACAACUACGGAGUCACCAGAUAUCCAAACAACCACACUCCGCAUUCUCGCAGACCCCACAAAGGUGUAUCAAGUUGACCUCGACAAUGCACUGUACCUCACAUUAGCUCAGGAAGUUCCAGUUCACACGACACUCAACGAAACCGAGUUACAUGCCCUAAGAGACUUCAUCGAUGCACUGGUUGACUACUAUCCCGGAAGACCAUCGGUUCGGCUUUCCUUAAGAAGGCUACAAAGCUACGUGUGGGAGGCGCAGCCUGGGACGCGAGGUCAAGAUUUAUCGGACUUUAUUCGAAGAUUGUCGAUUAAAGGUGAAGGACUCCCGCCUCUGCGAGAAUACGUCGGAUGUCUAGGAAGCCAACCUCAGUACCGUGGCUUCCCAUGCUCCCUCUGGAUGCUCUUCCACACUCUCACUGUGCGUUCCUACGCAGGAUACAGAGAAGGGCGAAGCAAACAACCUCUCAAUGUUCUACGUUCGAUCAAGGGAUUCGUGGUUAACUACUUCUCAUGCCGGGAGUGUGCGAAGAACUUUGCGAAGGAGUCAGAGAACAUGGAGGAGGAAAUUAAGAACCCGGAGGACGCCGUACUCUAUCUGUGGUCUCUCCACAACCGGGUGAACGCCCGCCUUGCAGGAGACAAGACAGAAGACCCCCAGAGGCCAAAGGUGGCCUUUCCACCCGUGUUCAUGUGUCCUCAAUGCAGGAAACGGGACCGAUGGGACCAGGGAUCGGUCCUGGUCUUCCUUCAGUGUUUCUAUGGCCCAGGGAACCUGGUACAACCAUCCACGUAGGAAACACUGACGUUCACAGAAACAGGAUAAGACCAGUCAACGCAUCUUAAAGGGACUAUCGCAUCCGUCCCGGUCGAUUCCGAAACUGUAGUGCUUUUUCAUUCCGCGUUCAUCACUGAUAAUAACGCCGAAAAUCCGACGCGAAUUGGCAGCGUCGUUCCUGUGUAGUUUGAUAUAAAACUUGGCAAGAGCAGACGACGCAUUCCUGGAUUCCCUUUCUGGAAACGCCACGCGGACGAGGCCAAUCACUGCGCGCCCUUUGACAUAGAGAAUACCAAUCACGGAGCGGCCGGAGGGACCUUGGUAGCCUUGGCAACCGACUGACAGGCGGGCGGGCGAGGCGGAAUGCUAGGGACGGCGUCUUCUCUGUUACCGGCUCGCGGAAUGUUGUUUCUGGUUAACGUUGAACGUGUCCGUACAGCCAGGAGCGUAACGCCGAGUUUCACGUGACAUGGUUACGUCUGCACUCACACUGGUAAGCGAAAGUCAGCGUAUUUACCGAGGACUUUUCACUUAGUAUAGUGCGAUGCGAACGCCAAGCAGACGAUCUCGGAGACAAUCGCCAGCGCUGCGCUCCCAUUCGUGCGCCUGGCUUACGUCAUCAUCGUGUUGGCUGCAGAUGGAAUGCGGACCUUUAAAACUCGUUUACUUAAUAUGUAAGGUGUUUUCGGAAGAGAAAUUUGGCAAAGUGGACUCUAAAGCGAUGAGGAACAUUACCCUGUCAGUAUCAUACAUACGUUCCCGGAUGCGAUAGUCCCUUUAAACACCAUAUCGGCAUGCACCACCACCAACUACAACAGCUACAGCAGUGUCACCCAUUAUCCAUGUUACGCAGUUAUUCAUGUUACGCCAUCAUCCGUGGUACGCACUAUGCACCAUGUAAUACACGCGCUUACAGCCUAGCACCAAUAUUGUGCUUGCAACCAGGGGAGCCUUGCAAGGUGGCAAAAUAAAGAGUGGAGUGUGGAGA